CGAAAAAUCAAAGCGACGAGAUCGAUUUCACUAUUAAGAAGUGAAGAAAAUAUUUGGCAAUUGGCAUCCAAACAGAUCUAUAUCUUUGCCACGACAUGUCGCGCGAAAGACCGAGACGAGCCGUCCUGCCUCCGGUUCAAGAGAACAUUGAGAAAUUAGAGAAAGUUAUAAAUGAUGGUAAUUUUUAUGGAGCUCAACAGAUGUACAAGUCUAUUAGCGCACGAUAUGUUGCUGUACAGAGAUUUUCAGAGGCAUUGGAUAUUCUACAUUCUGGUGCAUGCAUCCAGUUGAAAAACAACCAGGUUACUUGUGGGGCAGAGCUUGCUGUGUUGUUCGUCGAGACACUUGUUAAAGCGAAAAUUCCUUAUGAUGAUGAAACCCUUGAUCGUAUCAGAAAAAUCUUUGAGCUGUUUCCUCGGAUCCCUGUGCCACAUAAGUUGGAAGAUGACGAUAGCAUGCAUGAACUUACUGAAGCCCUUGGGACAGCAAAAACAAGUGUAGAGGGCUGCUCAUCAUUCUUAAAGGCUGCUAUUAAGUGGUCGAUGGAGUUUGGAGCUCCUAAAACUGGAUCUCCAGAGAUACAUGUUAUGCUAGCUGAAUAUAUGUAUUCGGAGUCGCCCGAGCUGGACAUGACUAGAGUAUCAUAUCAUUUUGUCAGGGGAAACAAUCCACCAAAGUUUGCAUCAAUUUUAGUCAAUUUUAUGGGCAAGUGUUAUCCUGGUGAAGAUGAUCUGGCAAUUGCACGAGCAAUCCUAAUGUAUCUGUCUAUGGGUAAUCUGAAAGAUGCUAACUAUCUUAUGGAUGAAGUAAAGAAGGAAGUAGAAUCUAAGCAACUUGAUUUGGGUGAAUCAGACCUAAUCCAAUUUAUCACUUAUCUUUUACAAACGUUGCUGAGAGAUGCUUUGCCACUUUUUAAUAUGUUGAGAGCCAAUUACAAGUCAUGUAUAGACAGGGAACCUGGAUUUAAUGAGUUGCUAGACGAUAUUGCAGAGAAGUUUUUUGGAGUAAGGCGUAGAAAUCCCCUUCAAGGAAUGUUCGGAGAGUUGUUCAAGAUGAUGUAGUGACAAAACAAUAGGUUCAGUGUGUUGCUAUCUUGACGAACCCAACAUCGCUGCUUUUCGUUCUGCCUUUAAAUGGGGUAGUUGAUUUACUAAACAUUUCUGAACUUUUACUUUUUCAAGGAAGUUUUUUGUUUUCGUUUAUAACCAUUUUUUUUCAGAUGAUUGAAAAUUUCUUCCUGUAAUGGAACUAAAUUAUAUCCUUGAUUGCUGUACAAAGUAUAUCAUUUGGAAUGUUCUAUUCAUAGAAUCAAUUUGAUUUCAUGCACUA